AGUCACGGUGGAAAUCCGCCACUGCAGUAGCAGGAAUUCAACAUUGACAUAUCCCUGGGACAUAUCGAGGGGAAUUAAACAUGGAAACCGUCAAUCUCAUCCUAGAGGUAAAGAGCUAUAGGCUAGCCGGGUAGAUGAGCUUUGGAAGGCGAUCUGAUGAAAAAUCUGUAACCGGUCCCUGGAUCCCAGAUCAGAUAAUCUCGCGAGAAAAUGCGAGAUUAGUCUGUGUGUCUACCAAGUCUACCGGUUUUCAGGUUUUUGGAAAAUAAAAUUCCUCCUAAAAGAUGGGCGUAGAAAGGGAAAUUAUAACACCAGGCAAUGGUGAUACAAAGCCCAAGCAGGGACAGACUGUAGAAGUGCACUAUACAGGAACAUUGCCAGAUGGAACAAAAUUCGAUUCUUCUCGUGACAGGAAGAAAGUUUUUACAUUUGAGGUUGGAAAAGGACAAGUCAUCAAAGGAUGGGAUGAAGGAGUUGCUCAGAUGAGUGUUGGGGAGAGAGCCAAGUUAACCUGUUCUCCCGACUAUGCCUAUGGUCCCCGCGGUUACCCAGGGGUAAUUCCCCCCAAUGCUACACUUAUAUUUGAUGUGGAGCUAUUAGCCAUUAAGUAGAUAUAUACAAUAUAGCACUUAGUUCACAUUGAACUUAGCUUUUUCACUAUUUACAUUUUGCAUAUAUUCAAUGACUUUUGAAUAUGUUUCGUGGAUUAUUUUGGAAGAAUCAUGGAACUGAUCUGAAGUUUCUCAAUUCAUCAUUGGAACGUCAGUUUGGGGAAUCUGUGACUUUGCGAUCCAUCAUUUUAGACCACCUAUUUCCAGUGUUUACAAUGUGUAUAGUUGAAACUAGCUUAUUUCGUAUAUAUAUAAUAUAUAUAUAUAUAUAUUACAUGUACAUCUAUUUCAUCUCUUAUAACAGAAUUUGCAUUUACUAUCAAGAAUUAAGAUCUCUGUUAAAUAAUCCAUUGAAUCACAAUGAUAUAUAAAAGAUGUUCAAUGUAUAUGUUAUCUGACAAUGGGUUAUAUGUUCA